AGACCAUACAGGGCUGGCGCUCUCAGGGAACCUCCAAGGUGCGGCAGGGAAUAUCCAAAUAGUGGCUGGGGCCAUUGGGACCCACCCAGGGGCAGCAGAGGCCCCAUGGACCCAUCCCAGAGGCAGCUGGUGACCUGGUUCUCACCCAGAGACCAUACAGGGCUGACGCUCUUAGGAAACCACCCACGUGCAACAGGGAACCUCCUAGAAGUGGCCGGAGCCACUUGGGACCGACCCAGGGGCAGUAGAGGCCCCAGGACCCACCCAGAGGCAGCCAAGAACGUGGAUCCUAUCCAGAUAAGGUGGUGCCCCCUGGGACCCUCCAGAGACCAUACAGGGCUGACGCUCUUAGGGAACCACCCACGUGCGACAGGGAACCUCCUAGAAGUGGCCGGAGCCACUUGGGACCCGCCUAGGGGCAGUAGAGGCCCGAGGGACCCACCCAGAGGCAGCCAGGGACCUUGGUCUUAUCCAGAUAAGGUGGUGCCCCCUGGGACCCUCCAAAGACCAUACAGGGCUGGCGCUCUCAGGGAACCUCCAAGGUGCGGCAGGGAACAUCCAAGUAGUGGCUGGGGCCAUUGGGACCCACCCAGGGGCAGCAGAGGCCCCAUGGACCCAAUCCCAGAGGCAGCUGGUGACCUGGUUCUCACCCAGAGACCAUAUAGGGCUGACGCUCUUAGGGAACCACCCACGUGCGACAGGGAACCUCUUAGGAGUGGCCAGGGCCACUUGGGACCCACCCAGGGGCAGCAGAGGCCCCAUGGACCCACCCAGAGGCAGCCAGGGACGUGCGUCGGUGACCCUUCCAAAGGCGGCUGGGACUCAUUGGACCCUCCCAUGGACGGCGGCCUCCCCUUGAAUCAUCGCAUGGAUUGCGGGGGCCCCAGGAAACCUCAUAGGGGCGGCAGGGCCCUUGCAACAUCUCCGAGAAGCGACGAUUGUACUAAGGACCCUCCCAGGGGCGGUGGAGGCCCGCAGUACCUUUCCAGGUGUGACAGCGCCCCUAGGGACCCUCCUAGGAGACCAUACAGGGCUGGCGCUCUCAGGGAACCUCCAAGGUGCGGCAGGGAACAUCCAAGUAGUGGCUGGGGCCAUUGGGACCCACCCAAGGGCAGCAGAGGCCCCAUGGACCCAUCCCAGAGGCAGCUGGUGACCUGGUUCUCACCCAGAGACCAUACAGGGCUGGCGCUCUCAGGGAACCUCCAAGGUGCGGCAGGGAACAUCCAAGUAGUGGUUGGGGCCAUUGGGACCCACCCAGAGGCAGCAGAGGCCCCAUGGACCCAAUCCCAGAGGCAGCUGGUGACCUGGUUCUCACCCAGAGACCAUAUAGGGCUGACGCUCUUAGGGAACCACCCACGUGCGACCGGGAACGUCCUAGGAGUGGCCAGGGCCACUUGGGACCCACCCAGGGGCAGCAGAGGCCCCAUGGACCCACCCAGAGGCAGCCAGGGACGUUGGUCCUAUCCAGAUAAGGUGAUGCCCCCUGGGACCCUCCAGAGACCAUACAGGGCAGGCGCUCUCAGGGAACCUCCAAGGUGCGGCAGGGAACAUCCUAGGAGUGGCUGGGGCCCUUGGGACUCACCCAGGGGUAGCAGAGGUCCCAGGGACCCAUCCCAGAGGCAGCUGGUGACCUGGUUCUCACCCAGAGACCAUACAGGGCUGACGCUCUUAGGGAACCACCCACGUGCGACAGGGAACCUCCUAGGAGUGGCCGGAGCCACUUGGGACCCGCCUAGGGGCAGCAGAGGCCCGAGGGACCCACCCAGAGGCAGCCAGGGACCUUGGUCUUAUCCAGAUAAGGUGGUGCCCCCUGGGACCCUCCAGAGACCAUACAGGGCUGGCGCUCUCAGGGAGCCUCCAAGGUGCGGCAGGGAACAUCCAAGUAGUGGCUGGGGCCAUUGGGACCCACCCAGGGGCAGCAGAGGCCCCAUGGACCCAUCCCAGAGGCAGCUGGUGACCUGGUUCUCACCCAGAGACCAUACAGGGCUGACGCUCUUAGGGGACCACCCACGUGCGACAGGCAACCUCCUAGGAGUGGCCGGAGCCACUUGGGACCCGCCUAGGGGCAGCAGAGGCCCCAUGGACCCACCCAGAGGCAGCCAGGGACCUUGGUCUUAUCCAGAUAAGGUGGUGCCCCCUGGGACCCUCCAGGUGCAUCGUAUGCUGAUAAUACAGAAAUGUGAUGAUGGCCAUGUAUUUGCAUCUCCCAAGCUGUCAUCUUUAAAACAAAGUUCUGAGGCCACAUACAAGACUAGGCAUCUCAGAGGAACCUCCAAGAAUAUGACGAGGAACAUCAAAGACCAUAUAGGGCUGACGCUCUUAGGGAACCACCCACGUGCGACAGGGAACCUCUUAGGAGUGGCCAGGGCCACUUGGGACCCACCCAGGGGCAGCAGAGGCCCCAUGGACCCACCCAGAGGCAGCCAGGGACGUUGGUCCUAUCCAGAUAAGGUGAUGCCCCCUGGGACCCUCCAGAGACCAUACAGGGCUGGCGCUCUCGGGGAACCUCCAAGGUGCGGCAGGGAACAUCCAAGUAGUGGCUGGGGCCAUUGGGACCCACCCAAGGGCAGCAGAGGCCCCAUGGACCCAUCCCAGAGGCAGCUGGUGACCUGGUUCUCACCCAGGGCUGGCGCUCUCGGGGAACCUCCAAGGUGCGGCAGGGAACAUCCAAGUAGUGGCUGGGGCCAUUGGGACCCACCCAAGGGCAGCAGAGGCCCCAUGGACCCAUCCCAGAGGCAGCUGGUGACCUGGUUCUCACCCAGAGACCAUACAGGGCUGACGCUCUUAGGGAACCACCCACGUGCGACAGGGAACCUCCUAGAAGUGGCCGGAGCCACUUGGGACCCGCCUAGGGGCAGCAGAGGCCCGAGGGACCCACCCAGAGGCAGCCAGGGACCUUGGUCUUAUCCAGAUAAGGUGGUGCCCCCUGGGACCCUCCAGAGACCAUACAGGGCUGGCGCUCUCAGGGAACCUCCAAGGUGCGGCAGGGAACAUCCAAGUAGUGGCUGGGGCCAUUGGGACCCACCUAGGGGCAGCAGAGGCCCCAUGGACCCAUCCCAGAGGCAGCUGGUGACCUGGUUCUCACCCAGGUGCGUCGGUGACCCUUCCAAAGGUGGCUGGGACUCAUUGGACCCUCCCAUGGACGGCGGCCCCCACUGGAAUCAUCGCAUGGAUUGCGGGGGCCCCAGGAAACCUCAUAGGGGCGGCAGGGCCCCUGCAACACCUCCGAGAAGCGACGAUUGUACUAAGGACCCUCCCAGGGGCGGUGGAGGCCCGCAGUACCUUUCCAGAGACCAUACAGGGCUGAUGCUCUUAGGGAACCACCCACGUGCGACAGGGAACCUCCUAGGAGUGGCCGGGGCCACUUGGGACCCACCCAGGGGCAGUAGAGGCCCCAGGGACCCACCCAGAGGCAGCCAGGAACGUGGAUCCUAUCCAGAUAAGGUGGUGGCCCCUGGGACCCUCCAGGUGCGUCGGGCAGGCGCUCUCAGGGAACCUCCAAGGUGCGGCAGGAAACAUCCUAGGAGUGGCUGGGGCCCUUGGGACCCACCCAGGGGUAGCAGAGGUCCCAGGGACCCAUCCCAGAGGCAGCUGGUGACCUGGUUCUCACCCAGAGACCAUACAGGGCUGACGCUCUUAGGGAACCACCCACGUGCGACAGGGAACCUCCUAGGAGUGGCCGGGGCCACUUGGGACCGACCCAGGGGCAGUAGAGGCCCCAGGGACCCACCCAGAGGCAGCCAGGAACGUGGAUCCUAUCCAGAUAAGGUGGUGCCCCUGGGGCCCUCCAGAGACCAUACAGGGCAGGCGCUCUCAGGGAACCUCCAAGGUGCGGCAGGGAACAUCCUAGGAGUGGCUGGGGCCACUUGGGACUCACCCAGGGGUAGCAGAGGUCCCAGGGACCCAUCCCAGAGGCAGCUGGUGAACUGCUUCUCACCCAGGAACCCUCAUAGGGGCGGCAGGGCCCCUGCUACCUUCCCAGAAGCGGCGAGGGUACUAAGGAUCCUCCCUGGGGCGGUGGAGGCCCGCAGUUCCUUUCCAGAGACCAUACAGGGCAGGCGCUCUCAGGGAACCUCCAAGGUGCGGCAGGGAACAUCCUAG